ACAGUGACGAGUUCCACACCUACGCCGGCAUCCACGCGCCCACCAGACGACUUUGGAAAUGUCGGCAGCGUCACUGUCACCACUCAGUAUACGCGAACCACCGACGACUUUGGGAAAGUGGGCAGUGUCCCGGUCACCUCCCCGACUGUCAGUGCUGUCCCGCCAGACCAUCAUGGGGAUGUGGGCGAUGUCACUAUAACAGAGCCCACGGGCCAGACGCCCACAUUCGUCACAGCAGCUGUGACGACACUGAUCGAUGCCGAUGGUGUCCCCACUGCGACGCUGACGAGUAUCCCGUCUGCCAUUUCAACGCCGCAAACGACCAUUUUAACCAACUCUCUUGGACAGCCGACGGCAACCGAGGUCACCAGUGUCCUAGCCACACCCACUGUCAGAGUUGAGACGGACUCGAACGGUGUGCCGACCGCCACGGUGACCAGUUAUCCCACCUACCCAACUGGCUCUCCUGGGCCCAACGUGACGGUCUACUAUACUACAUAUGGUCAGUACUUCGUUGGUAUGUUUCUGCCCACCCUCCUGGCCAUUCUGCUCUCGAUCCCCAUUCGCAUCCUCGACCUCAACGCCAAACUUUUCCAGCCCUGGCACGAGUUGACGCACCGAGAUGGGGCUGCCGGCCGCGAAUCACUCUGUCUCGAGACUUCUGGGUGGCAAUCUGUCGUCACGAGUGUGCGCUCUCUGUUCGGUGGCCAAGCUCUCGUUUUUCUGACAACUGCCCUGGUCAUGAGCUCGGCCUUACUGGUCCCGCUGUCGGCCGAAGCAGUUGCGUUUCGCCUAGCAGGCGACUGCUAUGCCGGCAGCAUGAGCGCUAAGAAUUGCGCCUACGUCUUGAGCGUGUUCGCUCAACCCGCGAAAGCCACAGCCGGGCUGUUGUCCUUCAUGGCCGUCACCGUCCUCAUGGUCCUAGGUUUCCUCUUGAAUUGGCAAAGCGGCGUCAGUACGAAUCCUUGGAGCAUUUGCGGGGUCGCGAGUCUGUCGCUGAAUUCUGAGCUACGGAGGCUAUAUAAUAGUCUGCCCGCUGGCGCGGAUGCUGGCAAGAUGCCCAACGGGCUCUUAGAGCGUGUUCUUGUGAAUCGCAGGUUUGGUCUGGAAUAUUUCUACGGCCCGAACGGCAGAGUCGAGUACGGCAUUGUGGUGCAGGUAGAGUAUCCCGAGGGCCAUCGACUGCAUACAGCUAUUGAAGAUGCGGCGUGUGUUGUCGACAAUCACAGGGGUCAUGACCGAACCAAGACGAAGCAUCACUUGCCAUUCCUCAUGUUGGGGUAUCCGGGCCGCUUACUCUUUUUGUUUGUACUCUGCGGAUUACUAGCAGUGAUAUUGUAUUACAACAACACCGGAGGCGAUACUCCUUUUGAGAAUUUCAUGGACAGCGAGGCGUUUGGAGUUAAAUUUCUCUUUACGGCUAUCGGCGUUAUCAUCACCUUUUUCUGGUCGUCGUUUUUCAGCAGUAUCGCCGUCAUGUCCCCUUAUCAUCUCCUCUCCACCACGCCGCAGUCAGCCCGUCACUCCAUCCUCUUGGCUCCGCCAACAAAUGCUAUCUCGGGCAUUUGGUCCGGCAUACGCCGUCGACACAUGUUCCUUGCCAUUGUAGCACUAACAUCAGUGCUCUCCGAAAUCCUCACAAUUUUCCUGGCUAAUGUCCCCUUCCGUGUCACCCAGACAUAUUUAGUCCAUAGGAUCUGCACCUGGACCGCCGUUGGAAUAAUUUGUGUUAUGGUUCUGGUGGUCAUCGCGAGCUUCUAUGUGAAGUGGCCACACAUGCCAGUUAACCCAAGCACGAUAGCGGGCGCGGUGUAUUAUGUUUGUGAUAGCUGGAUGCUGGAACGGUUCGAGGGCGUGAGUAUAUUGAAACGCAAGGAGAGGGAUGAAAGAGUUGAAGGAAUGGGUCUCAGGUAUGGAUUCGGGGAUAUGCGGGGCCUU